GGGAAGGCCAGGAACACGCAAUUUUAUUGACUCGAAAAGAGAGACAGUGCUUCAGGGCUUUUUUAUGUUUCGACUUCAGUACAAUUGAAUUUUGAACAAGAUGAUGUCCGAUUUGGAAUGUGAUGUCGUCAUGUCUUUGGUCCAGCGGCGACCGCGGGCUCGAGCCCCAUGUCAUAUCAACAUUGUGUCUGAUGGUGAAGACUGCGGCAGACUGACCCUCGACUCACUGCAUAGCCCCAAACCAAAGAGCGCUGGAUUCGCCACAUCCUUACCCCGCGGUUUCAAACUAGCCCGCCCCCUCUCCAUCGAUGAGAGUCGCUAUGUCAGGCGCGGUAGUCUGGGAGCAGCAAUGAUGGGACCGUUCCACUUGAGCGUAGGGAGUUCCACCGGCUAUCAGUCAAGUACAACCAAUGCCUUGACCUUAGGAGGGGAUUCUGGUAGCAAUCUUACCAGGAUGAGGCCUCUGCUAGGCCAGUCUGCACCUUCACUAUCAGCUAGUUUGAAGGAGUUGUCACUAGUACGGAGAGGGAGCAGUUAUGGACGAACCAGGAAAGGAAAAAACAGUUCCCCGGUGAUGAAACGUUCAAAUUCUCCUGGUUCUCAUGGCGAUGGUAUGUAUCUACCUGGGAGUCCUUUGGAGAGUCCUCGAGUGCCGAUCCACCCUCAUGCCCACUUUGCCUUUAACUCUGUACGUCAGGCUGACGGUAGAAGAUGGUCUCUGGCAUCCCUGCCAUCAUCGGGGUACGGGACGAACACACCCAGUUCAGCUGUAUCGUCGUCCUGUUCAAGUCAGGAGCGUCUUCAUCAGCUACCCUACCAACCCACCCCUGAGGAUCUUCAGCUCCUCUCACAGCAUUUCAGUAGCAGUGAGAGUAAUGUAGGAGGGGACCAGGAAGAUGGCAGGAGAUCUCCUUCAUGUAGACCUCGAUCUAGGAGUCUUAGUGGUGCAAGCAGUCCGUUGGUGGGUAGUACCGAUCAUGAGAUGCUACACAUGAACAGCCUCUACAAGGAGAGAUUCCCCAAGGCUAAACAACAGAUGGAAACCAAACUCACUGACUUUAUCAACAAGUAUUCAAUGGAUAUGAGCCAGGAAGGGCACGAUGCAAUCUAUGCUUUCCUGGUCCAUCAGACGGUAGAACUAGCCCGGGACUGCUUAGAGAAAUCACAAGAGGACCAGGUCUCCCAUAUCUACUUCACCGAGGUCUCCCACAAGGUCCAAAUGCUGGCAGAAGAUGCUGAGAACCGAUCUCAAGUCUCUGCCAAGUCAUUUACGAGGGUAGUGAGAGACCUACUGAUGAUACUAGCCAGGCCAGCUAGACUUCUUGAAUGCCUGGAAUUCGACCCUGAGGAGUUUUUCCAGCUGUUGGAAUCUUUUGAGGACCAGGCCAAAGUUGGAUCCACUAUUUCAGAAGACUUACCAAAGUACAUCAUCCACCAGCUAGGACUAACCAAAGAUCCCUUGGCAUAUUUUGAUCACUUUCCAGACGUGGGCGACCUGUGUGGGGAUUCCCCCUCACCGCCACGCCAGGAUUCAGGAGAGGAUGAAAAGAGUAAUGUUGAUGGUAGAGACUGCUUUAAGGAACCAAGAGAAGAAGAUUUUGAGAACAUCAAGAUCAUCAGCAAUGGAGCAUAUGGUGCUGUAUACUUGGUGCGACACAAGGCAUCUCUGCAGAGGUUUGCCAUGAAGAAGAUAUGUAAGCAGAACAUUGCCCUUCGGAACCAGAGGGAGCAGGUCUUUGCUGAACGUGACAUCCUCACGUUUGCGGAGAACCCUUUCGUUGUGGCUCUCUACUGCAGCUUUGAAACAAAGAAAUAUUUGUGCAUGGUGAUGGAAUAUGUAGAAGGAGGAGACGUAGCUACUUUGAUCAAACAUAUAGGACCACUUCCUCUGGAAACAGCCAGAUUAUAUUUUGCUGAAGCAGUACUAGCCAUAGAGUAUCUACACAGUUAUGGAAUCGUACACAGGGACAUCAAACCAGAUAACAUGUUAAUUACAUCGACAGGACACAUCAAGCUGACUGACUUUGGUCUGUCCAAGAUUGGUAUCAUGAGCUUAACAACAAACCUGUAUGAAGGCAACAUCGACCGGGACACCAAACAGUUCCAGGACCAGCAGGUAUGCGGCACACCCCAGUACAUCGCUCCUGAGGUGAUCCUCAGGCAGGGGUACGGCAAACCGGUAGACUGGUGGUCUAUGGGCGUGGUCCUCUAUGAGAUCCUGGUAGGAUGCCCCCCUUUCUUUGGUGAGACUCCGGAAGAACUCUUCGCACAGACGAUCAAUGUUAUGAUUGAAUGGCCCGACGGUGAUGAUGCCCUAUCGGACGAGGCCAUGGAACUGAUCAACGGUUUCCUACAGCAGGACCCUCUCUUCAGACUGGGUACAGGGGGCAGUGAAGACGUCAAGGGACAUAGAUUCUUUCAAGGGGUUGACUGGAAUGGUCUGCUGAGGCAGAAGGCUGACUUCAUUCCGCAGCUGGAAGGAGAAGACGAUACAAGCUAUUUUGAUGCGCGCUCGGAGAGAUACAACCAUGAGCUGGACUCGGAUGAUGACGAGGACAUUCCUGAAAUUGGCAACUUCUCCACGUUCUCUCCGCGGUUCAGUCGAUCGUGCAGCAGUGUAUCGCAGUCAUCCGAUGACACAGAGAGAAGAGAGAGGUCUCAUAGUGCUUCGCUACCCCUAGGGGAUCUAUCCCAUCAUUCCUUGCCUGCCAGGAACUCUCCGCAGCUCCUGACGGUGGACGUUGAUAGGGCUAGUAGCCUUCCAGACAGGUAAGUGUCGAUCAUUAUCCGAUCCAAGCUACUUCAGAAAUACAGCUCUUUUACAGCAUAUACCAUAGCAAUAG